AUGGAGCCCGACCGAGCCCGAUACCCCCUGCACAUCAAGACGGUACAAGGGAGCUCCCUCAAAGGCCUGUUCGAGGUGCUCAAAGAGCUCCUGAACGACGUCAAUGUCGUGGUGAAUCAGUCGGGAAUCAAGAUACUCGCCAUGGAUUCCGCACAGGUGACGCUAUGCCACUGCUUGCUCGAGGCCCAGAACUUCGAGGUCUUCCACUGUCCCGAGACGGUGGUGAUCGGGCUCAACGUACAGAACCUGUACAAGCUGCUCAAGACCGUCUCCAGCCAGGACACGCUCACGCUGCAGAUCGAGAGUGACUCCCCCAACGACCUGGAGAUCAUCAUCCAGAACAGCGAGAAGAAGUCCAAGACCUUCUUCAAGCUCCGCCUGCUCGACAUCGACGACGACCGGCUGAAGGUGCCCAACGUGGAGAUGACCACGUGCAUCACCAUGGCGUCCGUCGACUUCCAGCGCCUCAUCAGGGACAUGCUGACCGUGGGCUCCGUCUUGCGCGUGAGAGUCAAGAAGCGCGAGGUCAUCUUCGAGACGUCGGGCGACUUCGCCAGCCAGCGCACCAUACUCGAGACUUCAGAAGACACCAAGGUCAAUGAGAGCGACGACGAGAUAGACCUGUCGUUCUCCCUGAAGCUCCUGUCUCUGUUCUCCAAGGCGAGCACCCUCAGCACCACCUGCUCUCUAUGGCUGCAGGCCGAUUUCCCUCUGAUCGUACAGGAGAUGGGGACCAUCGACGACGUCCAGUUCUUGCUAGAGAACAGCGUCGAGGAGACAUACCUUUUCAUAGUGGACUCCGGCACGCGCGACCGAACUAUCUAUCCGGAACCCAACCUCUACGCCGUCACAUUCGACUCCCCGUUCCAGAACGUAAUCGGGAUAGACAUCAUCGACGGAACCAUCCCGAGGACCCAGUACGCUGUGGACACCGCGUGCAACAAGCUCUGCAUCGACUACGGGACGGGCCCCGUCACCGUCGAGCUGACCACGGGCGACCACACCGACACGUCGCUCGUCUCAGAUGUCAACGCGCGCCUGGCGGCCCUCCCUGGGUGCACCGUCACGGCCCGCUCAGUGUCCACACCACCGGAGCUCAAGAACCUGAUCACAUUCACCGCACCCAACAUUCCGUUCCACAUCAUCGCGGACGAGCGUUCCACGGUCAAGCCCGUGCUCGGCUUCGACGAAUACGCCGCGAGGCACAAGUACUUGGGCGACAGAUUCGCAUGCAAGGACCCGCUGAACGCACCGGCGAUCUACACCAGCGUCGCCAAAGACCCGAUGCCCGCGACCACCUUCUCGACACAAGAAUCGGCGGAAGAUGUCAUCUCCUUCGCCGACCCUUCCUCUCCCACCACCCGACGGCUCAUCGCCAUCCGCUUCAGCCCCACCCAGAGCGGCCUCAUCGACAGCAUCACGCUCGCUUGCAACGUCGUGGCCCCUUCCUCCGGCACCGUCACGUUCUAUCUCGCCUCCGACGACGAAGUGGAGUCUGCACCCGGCGCCCCCAUCUGCCCGCCCGUCAGCAUGCCGGCCAGGGAGUUCGGCGACUACGGCCGCACCACCUUGAGGUUCUCCUCCGAGAUGGGGCUCACGGUCGGCCGGAACGCGUGGCUCGUCGUGUCCGGCGGGAGAGCCUCGGACGGUCUGUACGCGGGCUCCUCCGGAAACGCGCUCGCGAAGGCGUCUUCAGACGGCGGCGGGUCCUGGAGCACGAUCCCGGGCGGCCUCAUCCCGCUCAUGAGCGUGCAGGUCAUCCAAUCGACGCAGACCAUCACGGGGCCGGGCAUCCUCAACCUGGUCGGCGACAGCUACUGCAUGCUGAGAUGCGAUGAGAUAGAGAGCCACACCAUACGGAGCCGGGCGUUCGAAAAAUACACAUUCGGCCUCGCGAGAUUCACCCUGGCCGUCGUCGGCUUCGCCCAGAGCCACGUGCAGCGCGUUCUUUAA